UAGUCUACAGUCAGCCUCGACGACGUGCAAUUCAUACAUCUAUUAGUAGUCCACGUAGUCCUUCGUUCUCCCUUUAUAUUUGUAAACUUUUAGUUUGUCAGCUAUACCAGGUGAAAUACCAUGGUCUUAGGAUUUCGAGUUACUUUCCCCCUCCUAGGAGGAAUCUUUCAAAUGCUCAUUAUCGUCUUGUUCGCUUUACUUGUGGAUUACGGCGAUCAUGCAGUGAGCCCACAUCGACGCAUUGGAGAGGCAAAGAAUCAAACCCAAGAAAACCAUAAAGUCAACGAUGUUGCCAUUUACUAUCCAAUGUUUAUGGACAUCCACGUGUUGGUUUUUAUGGCUUUUGGGUUUUUGCUUUCAUUUCUAAAGAGAUUUAGCUAUGGUGGUGUAGCAUUCACGUUUUUUGGUGGUGCCUUGGCAGCUCAAUGGGGCAUACUGAUGACAGGCAUCUUUAAUGAAUUGAUUUGGGGGCAUCCGCAUAUUGAACUCAGCAUCAAGUCAUUAACCUCUGCCGAUGUCUCAGCAGUUGUGAUGCUGAUAGCCUAUUGCGGUUCUAUUGGUUAUUGUAGUCAUGUGCAGCUGAUCGUCAUAUCAUUUUUCGCGCCAAUCUUCUUCGCGGUCAAUGAAAUGGUGGUGUUCAAGUUAUUGCAGGCUUCAGAUUCUGGAGGUUCCAUGUUUGUUCAUGCGUUUGGCUGCUAUUAUGGUCUAGCCUUCUGCAGAAUGUUGUACCGAAAGGAAACAACUGAGAGUAGCAAAGUUGAAGCAAGCUACACAUCCGACGUCUUUGCUUUGCUUGGGUCUAUCCUAUUGUGGUGUUAUUGGCCAAGCUUUAAUAGCGUGUUUGGUGCACCUGACUAUGUUACACAACAUCGUACCGUGAUAAAUACAUACCUUGGUCUUGCUGCGAGUGCUGUAGUUGUUUACUUGACAUCAGCCGCCUUGGAUAGGAACGCUCGCAUCACCUUGGCUCACAUUCAGAACGCUACGUUGGCUGGAGGGGUCGCUGUUGGGACUGGAUCAAGUAUGAUGAUGACGCCAUGGGGAGCACUGCUGGUUGGAAGUAUUGGGGGCGCAAUAAGCACUUUUGGAUUCAAAUAUGUAUCGCCAAUCAUGACUCGAGUUUUCAAAACUAAUGAUGUGGCAGGAAUUCACAAUCUGCAUGGAAUGCCGGGACUGCUUGGCGGAAUUGCGGGAGCAAUCAUAGCAUCACAAGCUGAGCCGGAAAUGUAUGGAUACGAAGGAUUGUAUAAUGUGUUUGGAGCUCGGGCACCAGCCUUUAAUACUACUGAAUACUAUGAACUAAAAGCAAGAGGUGUGAAUUUCAGCCCUGGCGAAGGACGUACAGCAAAACGACAAGCUCUUUUUCAGCUUGCUGCUCUUGGUUGCUCUAUGGGGAUUUCUGUAUUUGGAGGAGUAUUGACUGGUUUAGUCGCUCGUAUGAAAAUCUUUAUGCCCCCGAAGAAGCAUCAGCUGUAUGAUGAUGCUGACUACUUUGAGAUUCCUGAAGGCAAAGACGCCUAUUACACCUUAGAACACGUCGAGACUACACUUGAUAGUUUGCAAGUAAGGGUUGAACAACCUAAGAAAGAGGAACAAGAACAGCUUAUGAAAGACAAGUAAAAGCACCAUGAAAGAGACCGCUAUGAAUUAUCUCUUAGGCUUUCUAUUUCGAUCUGUUUUAAUAAAAUAAAAUAAAACGUUUUUCAUGAUUAA